AUGGGCCCAUUCCUGCGCUUCUCUAAACGUCGGUCCUUGAAAUUGAAGCCCAACAAGUCCACCACAGCUACUGCUUCUCCGCCCGGGCUUUGAUCUUUCACUAGGCUCGGGCAUCGCACUGCUUCUGUAUUAUCUACAGACAUGGACCUUCGUCGGAGGCUUUGGACCACCGAAGUUGGCCAUGAAAUCUCUUCUUCUGGUCCCCGUCGUCGUGGAUCUCGAUAUCUGCAGGCCUUGACCAGUGGGUUCGGAACGCUUCAAUUCGUUUUCGCCUUGCUGGCCUCAUAUGGCACGGUAAGGAGCUUUAGUGCUUCCCCCCAGAGAUAGGCAGACUCACGCCCCUCGUUGGAGGGUUCAUCAUUAUCAAUUCUUCUUCUAACUCACAAUGGAGACAGGCCUAUCUAUUGUCGAUGGGUAUGAGUCAGUGGGAACUAGGUCUCGCUUGGCUCGCAGGGCCUCUUGCAGGGACCUUUGUGCAACCUUUAGUAGGUAUACUCAAGGAUAGAUACGGCCAUUGUCAACGGCUCGUGACGGGUGGGAUCAUCUGUCUUAUCAUCGCGCUCCUGGCGUUGGGCUGGGCCCCCGAUCUUGUACACCUGGGCAAAAGGGGGCCCGUACUAGGCAAGGCUGUGGCCAUCACCGCAAUAGUUGCUCUAAAUAUUGCUAUCCAACCUGUUCAGCUCGGUUUACGCACGCUUAUUAUCGAGACUUGUUCCCCAGAUCAACAGACUUUGGCUUCCGCGUGGGCAGCCCGGAUGACUGGGGCAGGGAAUAUCAUAGCCCAGUUCGCCGGAUCUGUCGACACGAGGAAACUGAGCUUGGUUCUAACCGGAUCGCAAUUCAAGAACCUGUGUUUAAUCACCGCUUUUAGUCUAAUGCUGACUAUUUUUGUGCUGGCAUUCAUUCUCCGUGAUGAGUCACCUAUCUCCAAAGUUACUGUGUGUUCUCGUCCUCUACAUGUGUCGAUGGAUGCACUCCGAUCGGCCUGGAAAACGCUCCCUCAAGGAGUCAUUGGUGUCUGGAAGGUCCAAUUCUUUUCUUGGAUGGGGUGGUUUCCCUUUCUGUUCUAUGCAGCCACCUACAUUGAAAGCCAUUUAGGCGAGAUUUCAGAACAAACCCGGGAGGCAACUCGCGACAUAAGAGUAGAAUCGCUACACUUCGGCCCCCAGGCAAUGUUAAUAAAUGCCUGCGUGUCCUUCUUCGCCAGUCUUCUCAUGCCCGCUGUCUGGGACUACCACCAGCGGUCGAGAAAGAUAGACGCUCGAUCAACCCUUAUGAGCGUCUGGAUGGUUUCUCAAGUUCUCUUCGGGGGCUGCAUGAUCGGUCUCUUUUUGGCCUCAACGACAGCGACAGCCACAGCCUUGAUGGGAAUUCUUGGAAUUUGCUGGGCUUGCACGGGUUGGAUUCCAUAUGCGCUGAUCAGCACUACAAUUUCUCAGCGCAUCGCGGGCACACAUUCGAGUGAAAUUGCGACGACUGGCGCUCCAAGACCAGGGCUUGUGAUGAGUUUGCACAAUGUCUCAAUUGCUGGUCCGCAGAUUCCGGCGGCUCUAGUCGCUAGUUUGAUCCUUUAUGCGGUCCCCGAGUCCAGCAGUCCGCUUGCUUACGUUCUCCUAGUAGGCGGGUUCUCGGGGUUGAUUGGUGCGUGGAUGAUUCUCGGGAUUGACUCGAUGGAGUUCUGAGUCGGGAUAUGCAGGAAAGGCUAGCCAGAGUGAACGGAACGCCAUUGAUGAAAUACUCAUGAUUUAUAUAUUGUUGUUGGAUUCCAACUUCCAGGCUCGGUGCAAUACUGUAACUGAGUUUUGUGAUGAUUCUGUCAAUCCCUACCCAGCCGAUAAGGAUAGUCGUGAUGUAUUCGCUCCUGGCAAUGUCAUUGUCAAGACAAUCCACCUGCAAGUGAUCGACUAGUACUCAUACGAUAAUGC